UAGAAACUCAAACAGAAGAAUGUGGACUUGGUUGAUCCAAGGAAUUGUAUUUUUCAUCCGUUGUUCCAACUGUUUAUUGUAAGAGAUGAACUAAAGGGAAUGUUCUACUGAAAGAAGUGAACUGUUUUAAAUGCCUUGGACGGUGCAAGAGUUUCCAAGUGUACCACGACUUGUUGUUCAGCCAAGAAACAGCAGUCAUAUGGGAUGUUUCGUAAACGUUAUUCCUAUUUGCAAACUGGUGCUUGUUCGACGUUGCUUUCACAAACCUAUAUUGAAUGUGCCAACGUUGCGUCCAAGUUCACGUUUAUGUAAGCCGUCAAGGUUAUUUCUCGUUUGUUCCAGUGGGAGACUAGAUCUAUUUUAUCACUGGUUAACAAGAGAAAACGUUUAUAUGCCAAAAAUAAAAUUGGACCAGAACAAGGAUGGCUUGAGAGGUGUAGUUGCUGUUGAAGGUAUUGAAUGCGAUGAAAGUUUUUUGAAAGUUCCGCGAGACUUGAGUUUACAAGUCACUGAGCAUGAAGAGUGCACAAUGAGUGAAUUUGUUGACCCUGAGUUAUGGUCUCAGGAGAAUUGGUAUGUAAAGUUGUCUCUCAAAUUGUUGAAAGAAAAAUAUCUUGGAAAACUCUCACUAUGGAAGCCUUACAUAGAUAUAUUACCUCAUGCUCUAAAUACUGGUUUGGUUUACUGGUCUUCCAGUGAAUUAGCGCAACUACAAUACAGGCCAUUGAUUGAAGAAGUGAAAAUAAAUCAAUACUAUAGGGAGGCUCUAUAUACACGGGUGUUUGAGUCGCUUUCUUCACCAGUGAGAGUCUGGUUACAAAAUGAAAAGGAAAAUGUAUUCUUUUGGGCUUUGGAUAUGGUGCAAAGUCGUGCAUUUGGUAUACCCGACGUUGGAAAUAAGACAUAUGCAUUAUUGCCAAUGAUGGAUAUGUUGAAUCAUCGAGUGAAUAGUCAAACACAUUUUCUUUAUGACUCAAUAGCGAAUCAAUAUGAAAUGAAAACAUAUUCAAAGUUAUCUCCAGGCACGGAUAUUUAUAUAUCUUAUGGACCUUUGGAUAACGACCAUUUAUUGCAUUUUUAUGGUUUCUUACAAACGAACAAUCCAUCUGAUUACUUUCAAGUGAAAGACAUCUUCCAAUGGCUUCAUUUAAUGUAUGAGCAGGAAGAAUGGCAAGCACAGCCAUCUCAUUUAUUGGAAGAGAAGCUUUCUUUGUUAAGAAAAUAUCAUAUUUACGAGAAUGGAAAAACAUUUCAUCUUUAUCAUGAUCAUUAUGACGAUGAAAUUGACAUAAUAUUGAGAGUAUUUAUGGCUUCAAAAACAGAUUGGCAACAAAUACAAGAAAAUUUUGCAAUGGGAUUAUUUCACAAAGCGUUAUCAUUGGAAAAUCAACUUCAUGUUUGGCAAGUCAUUAUUGGUGGCUGUAAGCAUUUGCUAAAAGAUAUGAAGACUAGCGUCGAAGAAGACGAACAACUUUUGAAAAACAAAGACCAACUUUCGACGAAGCUUCAACUUGCUAUUCAGUUUCGAUUAGAGAAGAAGUAUAUUUUGUCGACUACCAUCUCCCGUCUGGAACAUUUCCAACAUAUCAUAUAAUAUAUAAGAAAUGUACAUGGAAAGUA